AUGCCUAUUUGUGACCUCUCAGGCACGAGCUGUGGCCGGUGGGGUUCAUGGAUGUGCAAGGACAAGGAACUUCCAACGGUACUGAUCAUUGCUUCAGUUUCCAUAUUAGGAACGUGUCUGCUCGUAUGGGUAUCCAAGACAGCAAGAGGAAAGGCUCAUCUUCCACCAGGGCCCCGUGGCUUUCCCAUACUUGGCUACCUUCCAUUUCUAGGCCCCAAUCUUCACCAACUGUUUAUGGAAUUGGCACAAAAUUACGGUCCAAUCUACAAGCUCUCAAUUGUGCAGAAGCUAUGUGUCAUAAUAAGCUCUCCAACUCUAGUAAAAGAGAUUGUUCGCGACCAGGACAUCGCAUUUGCCAACAGGAAUCCAACCAUCGCAGCAAAAACCUUCUCCUACGGUGGAAAGGACAUUGCCUUCGCACCCUAUGGCCCCGAGUGGCGCCUGCUACGCAAAAUAUUCGUGCGCGAGAUGCAGAGCAAUGCAAAUCUUGAUGCAUUUUAUUCUCUUAGGAGAAGCAAGGUGAAGAAAAGUGUGAGGGAUGUGUACGGCAAGAAGAUUGGAGAGCCUGUUGACGUUGGGGAACUGGCAUUUUUAACAGCGAUCAACAUGAUAUCAGGGAUGUUUUGGGGUGGAACACUCGGCCAGGAAGGGGAAAUCGAUAUUGGGGCCAAGUUUCGGGUAGCAGUGGCGGAGCUGGUUGAGAUACUGGGAAAGCCAAAUGUUUCAGAUUUCUUUCCCUUCCUUGCGAGAUCAGUGCAUAAAGAAGAAGCAGCAGCAAAGUGGAGAGAUGGGGGAAAUUACUGA